ACAGUCAAGGCACAGUCUCCUCUGAGGUCUGGUGCAGUUCUUUACCCAUUUCUGUGCUGUUAAGCUCCUCUUCAUUCCAAAAACAUGCCUAUUGUUUUGAAUCGCAUGAGCAGCGGCCCCCAGAGCUUCACCAGCAGCUCCAUGAUGAGCCAGCGUCGGUCGGCCUCCUCGGCCCCCAAGGCCUUUAGCGUCUAUUCGGGAACCGGAGGCACUCGCAUCUCCUCCUCCGUCAGCCGUGGUGUCUCCUCCGGCUUUGGAAGUGGUUAUGGUGGGGGUUCCGGGUUUGGCGCUGGCUUUGGCGGUGCUCUGGAUGGAGAUGCCAUCCAUCUGAAUGAGAAGGCGACCAUGCAGAACCUCAACGACAGGCUGGCCAAUUACCUGGAGAAGGUGCGCUCUCUGGAGGCAGCCAAUGCGAAGCUAGAGGUCAAAAUCCGGGAGUUUUAUGAAAAGAAGGGUCCGGCUGCCAAGAAAGACUACAGCCCCUAUUGGGCCACCAUCAAUGAUCUGAAGAAUAAGAUUAAGGAUGCAACCGUUGCUAAUGCCAACAUCCUGCUUCAGAUUGACAACUCUAAACUGGCAGCUGAUGAUUUCAGGACAAAGUAUGAGCACGAGCUUGUGAUGCGUCAGUCUGUGGAGGCCGACAUUGCCAAUUUGCGACGCCUCCUAGACCAGACCACUCUUACCAAGGCUGAUCUGGAGAUGCAGAUUGAGGGGCUGCAGGAUGAACUAGCCUACCUCAAAAAGAAUCAUCAGGAGGACCUGGCAGCCCUACGCUCACAGCUGACGGGCACCAUCAAUGUCGAGGUGGAUGCCGCACCUCAGCAGGAUCUCAGCAAGGUGAUGGCGGAGAUCCGGGCCCAAUACGAGUCCAUUACAGAGAAGCAUCGCCGUGACCAAGAGUCCUGGUUCAACGAACAGACAACAACUCUGAACAAGGAGGUCGCUACAAGCACAGAGAGUAUCAAGACAUCCAAGACAGAGAUCACAGACCUGAGACGCACCCUACAAGGCCUGGAGAUAGAGCUUCAGUCACAGCUCAGUAUGAAAGCCGCACUGGAAAACAGUCUGGUAGACACCGAGGCCCGGUACAGCGCCAUGCUGGGCGGCUUUCAGAACCAGAUUAACAUGAUAGAGGCAGAAGUGGCACAACUGCGGAUGAGCAUAGAACAGCAGGGCCAAGAGUACAAGAUGCUGCUGGAUGUGAAAAGUCGGCUGGAGAAGGAGAUCGCCACCUACCGCAGCCUCCUAGAGAAAGAAGAGACCAAGAUUCCAGGCAUAGGUGGGCAAACGACCAUCAAAGUCCACCACCAAACCACCACCAUUGGCUAGAGCCCAAGCUCUGUGGUCCUCAACAGCAGAAGUGACCUUUCACUAAUGAGACGAGGCAAUAAUAGCUGCUAAGUGACAUCUAAUAACAGCCAAUUCAUCAGUACGUCUUAUCAUGUAUAAUGGGAGAAAUCGGUCACUCACAGACAUAUAGCGAUUCACUGAAGGACGUGCUCUUCACAAGGGUCAUUACUUUAACCCUUUAUUAACAUCCUACUGGUUCUAAAGCCCUCAGCUGAAUAUGAAGAAAUCUCACAAAAAUCUCAUUGUCCAUUAAGAGAAGGAAAUGACUUGAUGAAAAGACUGCAGUUAUUUUGCUGUUAGCAGAAAAUUUCCAAAAAUAAAUCUGUUGUUGAAGUAAAA